AUGAAUAUUGAGAGUUUCAUGCAGGCCUUCAGAAGAUUCAUCUCUCGCAGGUCUGUGCCAUCCAAGAUAUAUUUCGACAACUUCAGCACCUUUAAGCGGGCCUCCCGUUUCCUACGAGAUAUCUCUAGUAUCAUCAAUGGCGAACCUUUCGAGCGAUAUUGUGACAACCACAACAUCACCUGGCAUUUAAUUGCUGAGCGCGCCGCCUGGUGGGGAGGAUUUUGGGAGAGACUCGUCAGGACUGUGAAAGACUCCCUCCCGAAAGCUCUCGGACGCAGCAGCCUCACUUUGGAAAGCCUGAUAACCAUCUUGAUCGAGGUAGAGGCUAUCGUUAACUCAAGACCGCUGACUUACAUGUCAGACGAUUCCAGACACUUCUCUGCACUCUCUCCGUCUCACUUUCUUGUGGGGAAGCGGCUGACUGCCUUACCGCAAGUUGAUCAUGACCAAGACGAUCCGGAAGAGACACACUCGACUUUACUCGAGAGGAACUGCAAGCGAGAAGAGAUGCUCGCACAGCUUUGGACUCGGUGGAGCCGGGAAUACAUCUCCGAGCUACAUAGCGGCAAUCGUCCCCAGUACAGGGCAGUCGUUCCGUUUCGAACAGGGGAGCUAGUGCUUGUACCUUCAAGGUUUCAAUCAAGGCUUCUUUGGGCUCUAGGCCGGUUUAUUGAAACCUAUCCCGGUGGCGUCGGGGUGAUCCGCGUUUGUAAGAUACAGCUUCCUGAUGAAGCUGUCAUUCGUAGGCCAGUUCAGCUGCUGAACAAGCUGGAACUCUAG